UUUUAAUAGUAAACUAAUAUUAACCAGAGUAAACAGUAUAUCAGUGUAGUGACAUUUGAAAAUGUAGUAUCCGGUUCAUCAUAUUGCACAAAAGUUCAUUCGCGGGAAGGAGGACACGAAUUCUUCAAAUAAAACAAAUAAAACAAUUUACAACCCAACCAUCUACUAUUUAUUUUCUGAAAGUCCUUUACAUUUCAUUUGAAAGCAUAUAAAAUGUCUGAUCACGUCGGUACAACUGGUGAGUCACCAAACAUGGAAGAGGUUUCGCUAGAUGGUGCAGCUAGUAGUUCUAAUUCUACUGAACAUGAAACUAUGGCAUCAAUAUCGAAAACUUCUUCGUUAAAGCGUUUCUUUAAGUUCCACGCACACAAGAAUUCCCCUUCUGAAGCUUCCACAUCACGAAAGAAGAAAAAUGAAGAUUCUAUUUCUGAAGAGGAUGCAGAUCAAACCGCAAAUUUGGAUAGUAAAAGUUCCAAACGCUUUCAUUUACGCAUGGGUGGUAUGCAAAAAAUUGCUAGUCGUGGUGGUUUAGAUACAGUAAGCAGUGCAUCUGAUCCAAGCGCGAGUGUUGCUGAACCAACAUCAAGCAAUUCUCUUAAUAGACGCUCUUCAAUGGUUGCCGGUGGUAGUGAAAAUAAAGUUAGCUUGAAAAACUCCAUUUCCAAUUACAUGAAAUCCUUUUUCAAGCGUUCCUCUACAUCUACUGCUGGAACUCCUAGUGUUAUUGUCCCGAACGAUCGUAGUGUUUCUAACACCAUUGAGUCUGAAUCAAGUAAUUUAGGUAGUGCUGCUACUUCCUCCUUUGGUCAAGGAAUUAAAAAAUCUAGCAGCUCGAAAAGGUCUCUCAAUCUCAAGAAGUCAGGCUCUAAGAAGCAAAGUGCCGCAGCAAUGCAAACGGUAGAAGAUGCCGAAGAAGAUGAUGAUGGCAUCAGUGAUUUAGAACAGGAAAUAAAGAAGCGUGAAGCCGAAAUACACUCACUUAAGAUCUCAGAUGACUAAAGCACUACAAUUGCAAAAUCCUACAUUUCACAUUAUAUAUCUCAAGUUUAUUAUAUAGAAAUUAAUUUUUUUAAUUACAAUCAAAAUUAUAUGUAACACCGUGUACACUAUAAUGAUGUUGAAAU